AUGGAAACCGAAUCGAAAGUUGUGAACUAUGAUUUUGACGAUCCUCUGUUUGGUGGGUUUGAAGAUCCCAUGCCAGACGAUUUAUGGGAACCCAGUACGGAGAAUACCACGACCAUUGUACACACAGAGCCGGCACCGGAAACUUUAUGGGAUCCAGUUGACCACGAACCCGAUCAACCGGAACCAACUAUUCCAAAUGCUAAUGUGACUCACGUACCGGACCAAUCCCAAUCCGACGCAGACAUACAUUUCGAUAUGGACGUGCAACCGCAAAUCGAUCAACGCAAAUCUCCUACACCGGUUCUCGGAAAACAAAUGCAACAGUUGGGCGGGGAUUUCGUAACCCCUUCCGUCCCGGAUGAAGCGAAAUCGAAACCCAGAGAAUCACCCAAACCUCCAGCAGAUAUAGAAAAAUCGAUGGAUGGGGGCGCAGACAAACGAGAUUCUCCAGAAGUGCCACAAACCGCGCCUGAUGCACCGGCGGCUCAUGAGACGGGGACUUUGAAGAGUAAAAACAAACGACGGAAACAUAAGAAAAGGAAAACUCAGUCAUAG